CUGAUGAAAAUCUGCUGGGUUGGUUCUGUAUAGAUGAUGAUGGGAACCAGAUUAAAAAAGAGAAGCAUCCACUCCUUGUGAAACACAUGCCUGUAAUGAUGGCCAAACAACAGGAAUUUAAGGUUGAAUGUGCUGCUUAUAAUCCUGAGCCUUGUUUAUGUGAAGAAAGUGACCCUGAUUCUCUUUCUACGGAGUAUGGUUUUCUGUGGAUUGGCAGUUGUACUAAUCAAAUGGGCCAAAUUGCCAUUGUAUCAUUUCAAAACUCCAGUCCAAAGCUUAUUGAAUGCUUCAAUGUGGAGUCAAGAAUUCUCUGUAUGGUCUAUAUUCCUGAAGAUGAGAAAUCCAAAGAAUCGAAUAAUAUGUUUCCUGAAUCUGGAGACAUGGCUACAAAACCCCUCAAUGUGCCUACUAUUUGUGUAGGCAUGGAAGAAGGAAGCAUCUCUCUUUACAAAAGUAGCCAAGGCUCCAAGAAAAUCCGUCUCCAACACUUCUUUGCUCCCGAAAAGUCUACUGUGAUGAGCUUAGCAUACAAGACUCACCAUUUAUUUGCUGGCCUAGUCAAUGGAAACAUUGCAAUCUACACCAAAUUGGAAG